GACACGGGAGCAAAUUACAGACUUAUUAGAUGAAACAAGGUUAAUAACAUGCCCUGUAGGGCUUCCAACUCUUUUAUCUUAAAGACAACAAGAAUCAAGAAGGAUGAUUUUGCAUGAGGGGUGGAAUUGCAUCGUGAUGGAAGGUCACCCAUAGCUUGCCGCUGCCUCACUUCCUUGGAGAAGGGUGCAAAAAGCGGUAUAUAAAGGUGUCCGUCCUUCCACACUUCAUUCAGUCCUCCAUUGUCUUACUACCACUUACACGCAAGCUUUUCCUUCCCUCCACAAAGAUGAGCUGCAACAACUGCUGUUCUUGUUGCUGUACGCCAUGCUGCAAGCAAUCUUGUUGCAAGCAAUCUUGCUGCCAGCAAUGCUGCUGCACCCCCUGUUGCAAGCAAAGCUGCUGUGACCCCUGCUGCAAAACAAAAUGUUGCGAACCCUGCUGCAAAACAAAAUGUUGUGAUCCAUGCUGCAAAACGAAAUGUUGCGAACCCUGUUGCAAAACGAAAUGUUGCGAUCCAUGCUGCAAAACGAAAUGUUGCGAUCCAUGCUGCAAAACAAAAUGUUGUGAACCCUGCUGCAAAACAAAAUGCUGCGACCCCUGCUGCAAACAAAAAUGCUGCGACCCCUGCUGCAAGCAAAAAUGCUGCGACCCCUGCUGCAAACAAAAAUGCUGCGACCCCUGCUGCAAGCAAAAAUGCUGCGACCCCUGCUGCAAACAAAAAUGCUGUGACCCCUGCUGCAAACAAAAAUGCUGCGACCCCUGCUGCAAACAGCAAUGCUGUGAGCCCUGCUGCAAACCUCAAUGUUGCGAGCCCUGUUGCAAACCUCAAUGUUGUGAGCCCUGCUGCAAGCCCCAAUGUUGCGAGCCCUGCUGCAAGCCCCAAUGCUGUGACCCCUGCUGCAAGCCCCAAUGCUGUGACCCCUGCUGCAAGCCCCAAUGCUGUGACCCCUGCUGCAAGCCCCAAUGCUGCGAACCCUGCUGUGAACCCUGCUGCAAACCUCAAUGCUGUGACCCAUGCUGCAAGCCACAAUGCUGCGAACCCUGUUGCGAACCCUGCUGCAAGCCACAAUGCUGCGAACCCUGUUGCGAACCCUGCUGCAAGCCACAAUGCUGUGAACCCUGCUGUUGCCAGACUGUCUGCAAGCCCUGCUGCCCUCCAUGCUGCAAGACCAAGAAAUGCUAAAGAGUUCCAGGAAGUCUACAAAUCCCAGAGUAGAAUAGCUUAACCUCAAAAAGUCUAGAUUUCAAAGUUUCAGAGCUAUGCUUUCAAUGCACCAGCUUCUUGCCUGGCUCCUUCAAUUUCAUCGUAGAUGUUUCUUCUUAUGGUCCUCUCCUUAUUCCACUCAUGGAGGAGUCAAGACUAUUGUAUGUAGGAUAGGUGGUGUCUUUGUUCUUCUCUUCGUGUAUGGGGUCCUUUAUUGUCAACACAUCUUCAACUAAAUAUAUAGUCAAUAAUAAAAUUAUGGAAUUGUGAAAUCAAA